AAUAUAUUCCGCGUAGAUAAGAAGCAAGUGCCUGUAGUCCGGUGUUGCACGAAAUAUUAAAGUUAGCAUCAAAAACCGAUAUGUACACCAUGGAUAUAACACAUCAACGAUGGAUGGAAAAGUCCUUCGAGUAUGCAGAAGAUGCUCUGAGCAGUAAGGAAGUGCCAGUAGGCUGUAUCCUGGUUUACCAAGGAGAGGAAGUCAUAGGUGUCGGUAGGAAUGAAGUGAAUGAGACAAAGAAUGCUGCAAGGCAUGCAGAAAUUGUUGCCAUUGACCAGGUAUUGUCCUGGUGUGUCUUGCAUCAGAUGAAUCCAGAGGAGGUGUUCGGUCAGACUGUCCUGUAUGUGACGGUGGAGCCGUGUGUGAUGUGUGCAGGGGCUCUAAGACAAGUUGGUAUCCCUCUGGUGGUAUAUGGGUGUGCCAACGACAGGUUUGGAGGGUGUGGCUCAGUUCUGUCUGUUAAUAUGGAUGAAUUGCCUGCCCUUGGUCCAAGCUUUCAGUGCAUUAGUGGAGUGAUGGGAGACAAAGCUGUUGCAAUGCUUAAGGACUUCUACAGAUUGGAAAAUACUAAUGCACCUGAUGGCAAACGGAAGAUAAAAGGCACAGAUUAAGUGGGAAGAAAACCACUAUUAACUUUUUUUUUCUUCAUAAGCAGAUUUUUAAAAAAUUUGGAAAACACC